UUUCUUUUUGCCCCGGGUCCGCAUCCCUUUUUUAUUUUUUUCGACGUUGUCCAUGCUUCGGCUGUCUAACUUUGGCGGUCGUUUUCUUGAUCGCACGUUGAUGACGUAUGAACGCGGGCCCACUGAGGGAACUUUGCAGAGCGGCAAAUUGCAGAGCAGACUAUUGGAUUGCAAACCACUACCAUUUAAAAGCAAAUCUUUUGCAAAAAAUGACUAGGUUCACAAAGCUAAAAAAGCUUAUUAAUGAUGACCCGAAAAGAAACACACUGAAGCUUAUAAAGUGGCUUCAAAAGAAGAAACUCCUAAAAACUAAAGUGAAAUGCAGAAUAUGUCAUCAUGGCAUGAAACUGAAGAAAAGGGCAAACAGUGGAGAUCAGUAUGCUUGGACCUGUCGACAUGUUGGAACGGAAAAACAAAUCUCUGUCAGGCACAAGUCAAUCUUCAGUCGUUCAAAGAUCUCCUUCAGUAACUGGAUGCAAUUCAUGUACAGAUUUUGUCAGGGUCUACGAUUACGACAGAUUGACAUGAUGGAUGACAGCAUUGCGGCCAGUUCAGCAACUCUCAGUAAAAUGGCUAAAAAACUAAGGGAGGUCUGUGUCACGGCGGUUGAAAGGAUGAGGAGGCGUACAGGCCAGAAGAUUGGUGGAAGAAGAGAGUUUGUUGUGAUUGAUGAGAGCCAUUUUCGGCACAAAAGAAAGUACGGGAGAGGACGAAUGGUUGGUGGAUGGAAGAGAAAGAAGUGGGUUUUUGGGAUGUUAGGUGUCAAGCAUCAUCAAGGACGAACAUCAAGAAAGCCUGUUCUACGUCUUGUGGAGAGAAGAUCUCGAGGACAUCUAGUCCCCUUAAUCGCCCAUCAUGUGAGGCGUGGAUCAUCAAUAAUCAGUGAUGAGUGGCGUGCCUAUCGCAUACUCCCUGCACUAGGGUACAACCAUCACACAGUCAACCACAGCAGGUGGUAUGUAGAUCCCCAUACUGGUGCCCAUACCCAACAUAUUGAGAGGGCCUGGAGAUCCUACAAGGAGCAGAUCUGGAGGCUUAGGGGAAAUCGCACAGAUAGUUUGCUUUCUGACCAUCUUGCAAUAAUUGAGUGGAAUGAAUGGCUUGCAAAGAAACACCAUAAUGGUGCAUUUGGCAGACUGAUUCAUGACAUUUCCAGAAAGUACAAGUAGUCCCAUUCAAACUGUAUAAGAUAAGAUGUA